AUGUCUCAAUUCUUGGGGGAUGACUUGGGAAUGCACAAUUUGGAUAAGGAGAAAGUAGCACCAAAUAUUUCUGGGCUUUGUAUGCUCUUUGCUGCAACUGCGAAACUUCUUGAUAUCAAGAAAGAAGGAUCGCAGCACUGCGCAUCCAUUAAAGCGGGCAAUGACAGGCAAGCAUGCGGAGGGCAAUCCGAGGACUUUGAGGACAAUAGAACGAGGAGUAACAACCAGCUUCUGAUGCGGAAUGUUAUACUGGUAGUAGUCGAGACAGCUUGCCGACUCGUAACCUUGCUCCUCUCUUCCAAAGACCACACCCAAGGGCAUCACAACGACCCAAAACAAGACUUACACUUCGGCACACCAAUUCCAACGGACGACGACUCCAAAUGCCUCGAUAGGCCUCGCAACGGCAUCUACUUUGAUCACCAAUCGCAAGACAGCAGCGCCUUCGGUGUCUUCCCCAUCCAUCCGCCAUCUUGCGACAACGGUCUGAUCGCCCAGCACGCAACCUCACUACUCAGCGACAACACACAUCACUUAGGAAUAAGUGCCAUCAAAUCAACCGAGAAGUACUGCUUCAGCAGUGGCAUGGAAUUGUCCAGUCUUCUUUCCGGCCCCGUAUCGUCAAACGCACAAAAUCAACUUCACGACCCUGCUGCUCCUCACUCGCAUUCGUACCCAACCCGACACACAAUGACCGGCAUGGAUGCGCGCACUGGAGCUCAGAGAAUGGCUACACCACCAGCGACAUAUGCGAAUGGUCAAUCCAACUCUACAACUCCACACAAUACGAAUAUGUCCCCAUUCGGGAGUCCAACGCCUAAGAGUGUCGCAUUCGAACUCCUCUUCCCCGAAUCGCCUCAAUAUCGCGCGCGCCUUCCUAUGCGGGUGCAGAUAUUUCCUCAUGAUACAACCGAUUCGAUUAUAACUACAGUCAAGAACUUCUAUGGUCUUUAUGCUCCUCCUGGCGGUGCCAAAGGAGUCAGCUUCGAGGAUGAGCAGGGCAACACCCUGAUCGCUCGUUACGAGAACCUUAGAAACAACAUGACUGUCUAUGUUAGAGUCAUUGAUGAACCUUCACCACCUCCAGGUGCUUACGGUCCAUCAUCCUAUCAUUCGGGAUCGCCUGUUAUGCAACAGGCCUUCUAUCCCGGCGAUGGCCACCAUAUGCCACCUCCACCCGCCCAGGCGCUCAGCUACGGGCAACCUCUAUCUAGACCUACGUCGAGGACUUCUCGCAAGCGUAGUACAUCCCCGAACAAUCGCGGUCGUCGGAGCGAGUCUGCGAGCACGAAUCCACUUCCGAUGAAGAAGAGUGUGUCGCGGUCGGGUUUCAAAAGCCGGGGGUCCAGCGCUCACGGUAGCUUCGCAGACAACCACAGCGAUGGCGUGAAUGGGUACAGCAGUGGUGAUGGGGCUCCUGGUUCCGUUUCCAGCAGAACCAAGAGUGAGCACCUGGGCAAUACCGAGAUUAGUUUAGACAAUAUUGUGGAAGGUGGGCGUCGCAAGAGAGCCAAGUUUGAGAGUUCAGAACUGCCAUUAUUUGCGCCGCCUCAAAUGCCUGCUGCAACCUCAAACUCCUCCGUUUCCCCAGCACGUCGAAUGGAGCACCAGAGGGCUUCAUUCCCUUUCACACAUCCUUCACAGCAUCCCUUCUCCAACCCACAAUCAAUGCAUUCUCCUCAAAGCUAUAGCAAUGGAUUCGGACAACCUGGCAUAUACUCUACGCCUGCUGCUCAAGGUCGUCGCACUCGCGGGGCCGGGGAUUAUCCAGGUCGACAAUCUCUCGGAGCGACGCCAACUGGCAACAGCUCCGGGAUACUUCCUACACCCGAGCCAACAGUAGGCAGCUGCAUGUCAGAGGAGGAUAAAGAUGUUGCUCUGCAACUAAUGAGAUUGGGUGAAAUGUCAAACAUUUCUCACGGUCGCACAUCUGCCUCUACUCUGGAUGAUACGUUCAGCGGACGAGCUGAUGCUGCUUCUUCCACUGGUGCUACAAGUGACGAGGAUAGUGAGAGUGAGGAUGAACUUCCGCCUGCUCGCCGACAGAAGCGCGAGACAAGCCCAAUUCUACCUCCAGGUCAUAUCAAGAAAUCCCGUCUUCAUCUCAAUGACAUCUUGCCAAGUCAAGAUAGCACAGAGCCAAGCGGAGACGAGGCUGACUACGAAUUCACCCCUGGGAAUCAGGAUGUGGUUAUGGAAGAUACCAAGAUUCCAAAGCCCAAGAGCAUGCCAUCACUCAUGGGGAAGCCUCGCGCCAGUGCAUCUGGAGCCAAGGUCAACAAGUCCAGCAAGCCAAAGCCACAGCGACCUGGCCAGAUUGUCAAAUCCAAGAAGUCUGUCAGCGCUCCUGGCAGCGCCAAACCCAUAUCUCCUACUUCAUUGCCCUCCCAGUCUCGAAAAACAUCCAAUGCUUCCAACUUGAACUUCCAGCAUCAGCUUGGCGAGGAUGAGGAAGACCUGUCUUCCAAACCCCGUUGUCAACGAUGCCGAAAGAGCAAGAAAGGAUGCGAUCGUCAACGCCCAUGCCAGCGCUGCAAAGAUGCUGGCCUCAGCGCGGACCAGUGUGUCAGCGAGGAUGAGGGAAAUGGUCGCAAAGGACGCUAUGGACGCCAUAUGGGCGUUCCCGUCAAGAAGGACGAAAAUGGCGUUGACGUUGAUAUGGUCCCCAGCAUCCUUGCAGGGGGCCAAGGCAGCCCGGAUAAGAGCAAGAAGAGAAAGAGGUAG